ACUCUUAACAGCCAGAUAGAGGUACUGUAAGGCACACACUGAGCGGCACUUCUUCUCGUGCAAAUUUACGGUUGCUAGUCUUUAUCAGCUUCGUGUUUUUGGCUUGUUUUAACUGUCUACAUUCCUCUCAGCAACUGCGGUAACCAGUUAUACCCAAAACGCUGAAUUGUCAAUCCUUUUGGAGAAAGAUUGGCCACUACUUAUUGGUGGUUGCUGUAGCUCCUAGCAUGACAGUUGUGCUGGAAUUCUACUUAUCAUUAACUUUUUUUUUCGUGCAUACAAGAAUGUUUGCUCGGGAAAUGUCCAUCUGGAAACCUGAUAAGAUGAUAAAGCUGGUGUGGGAAUGUAUAUAGUUGAAUAAAUUCUAUUUUUCUAACUUGGGCUUUUUUUAGCAUUGCGCCUGUCAUGUUAAGCUCUCUUGGGUAUUACAUAUUCCGGCUUGCCUUUGCUGCAUAUCCAGUGGCCUGAUGGGUUGAUUUAUCGGUGAUGGGGUUUGGGAGAAAUGGGUGGUGGGGUGUUUUGGAAUUGGGUUGUGUGUAUAGAUGAGUUGAGUGUUCAGAUUUUCCUAUCAAAAACACCUUCAUGAUAGUCAGGUUCAGCCUCCUUGUUGCUGCUUCAGUUGCAGCCUUUGCAGUUAGGCAGCUCAAUAUCAAAACCUCAAGGUCAUCGACCUCUGCAGUCAAGCCUUCAGAAAAUGCAGAAGCAAGCUUUGAACUUCAGUGUGAGGGGGGAGACAAAGAGCAGAAUACAUAUUCUAAUGCUAGACUCAAAGAGGAGUAUGGGGAGGAGGAAGAGGAGGAAGAAGAGGUUAAACUAAUUAACAGUAUAUUUAACAGAACUCAUGGCAAUCCACCUGAUGUUUAUGAUGAUGAGAUUUUGCCUGAAUUUGAAGAUCUUUUAUCUGGGGAGAUUGAAUAUCCAUUACCUGGUAACAAGAUUGAUAAGGCAGAGAAAGAGAGAGCAUAUGAAAUGGAGAUGGCAAACAAUGCAAGCGAAUUGGAACGGAUGCGGAAACUAGUAAAGGAAUUAGAGGAGAGGGAAGUGAAGCUUGAAGGUGAAUUGCUUGAAUACUACGGACUGAAGGAGCAGGAAUCAGAUAUUCUUGAGAUACAAAGGCAACUCAAGAUCAAGACAGUAGAGAUUGACAUGCUCAAUAUUACCAUUAACUCUUUGCAAGCGGAGAGGAAAAAGCUUCAAGAGGAGAUUGCACAAGGAGUUUCAGCAAAGAAGGAGCUAGAGGUGGCAAGGAACAAGAUCAAGGAACUGCAAAGGCAGAUUCAGCUUGAAGCUAAACAGACGAAAGGCCAUUUGUUGUUGCUUAAGCAGCAAGUUUCUGGUUUGCAGGCCAAAGAGGAAGAAGCUGUCAAGAAAGAUUCUGAAAUUGAGAAGAAGCUGAAAGCUGUGAAGGAGUUAGAGGUCGAAGUUGUGGAGCUUAAGAGGAAAAACAAAGAACUUCAACAUGAAAAGCGGGAGUUGACCGUAAAACUUGAUUCUGCUGAAGCUAGAAUAGCAGCCCUCUCCAAUAUGACAGAGACUGAAAUGGUUGCCAAGGCAAGAGAGGAGGUCAAUAAUCUAAGGCAUGCAAAUGAGGACCUGUCAAAGCAAGUGGAAGGACUUCAGAUAUAUCGAUUCAGUGAAGUUGAAGAGCUAGUGUAUCUUCGUUGGGUCAAUGCAUGCUUGAGGUAUGAACUCCGGAACUAUCAGGCACCACCAGGAAAGAUAUCAGCUCGUGAACUCAACAAGAGUCUGAGCCCCAAAUCCCAAGAGAAGGCUAAGCAGCUGAUGUUAGAGUAUGCAGGAUCAGAACGUGGGCAAGGGGACACAGAUCUUGAAAGCAAUUUCUCCCACCCAUCCUCUCCUGGAAGUGAGGACUUUGACAAUGCCUCUAUUGAUAGUUCCAAUAGUAGAUAUAGCAGUCUCAGUAAGAAACCUAGCUUAAUCCAGAAGUUGAAGAAAUGGGGCAAAAGCAAAGAUGAUUUGACUGCUCUUGCAUCACCAACCAGAUCUCUCUCGGGAGGUUCCCCAAGCAGGGCAAGCAUGAACCAGAGACCAAGGGGUCCAUUGGAAUCCCUGAUGCUAAGGAAUGCAGGUGAUAGUAUAGCCAUCACUACCUUUGGCAAGAUGGAGCAGGAACUUCCAGAGUCUCCUGAAACUCCAACUCCCCCAAAUAUUAGAACGAGGGUAUCAUCAAGUGACUCACUAAAUAAUGUUGCAGCAUCAUUCCAUUUGAUGUCUAAAUCAGUUGAUGGAGUUCAAGAUGAGAAAUACCCUGCUUAUAAAGACCGGCAUAAGUUGGCUUUGGAGAGGGAAAAGCAGAUUAAAGAAAGAGCUGGGCAAGCAAGAGCGCAGAAGUUUGGUGACAAAUCAAAUUCGAAUCUAUAUGAACCUACAGCCAAGGUUGAAAGAGAGAGACCAGCAACUUUGCCGCCAAAACUUUCUCAAAUAAAGGAGAAGGUGAUUGUCUCUGGUGAUUCAAGUGACCAAUCUAAUGAUGGUAAGAGUGGUUCUCAAAUAAUAAGCAAGAUGAAACUUGACCACAUUGAGAAGAGGCCUCCUAGGAUGCCUCGGCCACCUCCUAAACGAUCUGGAGGUUUUUCUGCUGGUACAAAUACAAAUUCUCUGGGUGGAAUACCGCCUGCACCACCUCCACCUGGUGCACCACCUCCGCCACCACCACCCCCUGGUGGACCACCUCCGCCACCUCCUCCACCAGGAAGCCUGCCAAGAGGGGGAGGGAGUGGUGAUAAAGUUCACCGGGCUCCUGAACUGGUUGAAUUUUAUCAGACAUUGAUGAAACGAGAGGCAAAGAAGGAUAUACCAUCAUUAAUCUCUUCAACAUCUAAUGCAUCAGAUGCCAGGAGCAACAUGAUUGGGGAGAUUGAGAACCGAUCAUCAUUCCUUGUAGCUGUGAAAGCUGAUGUGGAAACUCAAGGUGAUUUUGUCAUGUCAUUGGCAACUGAAGUCCGAGCAGCUUCCUUCACCAACAUAGAAGAUCUUGUGGCUUUUGUAAACUGGCUAGAUGAGGAACUCUCUUUCUUGGUUGAUGAACGGGCAGUUCUUAAGCACUUUGAUUGGCCUGAGGGGAAAGCAGAUGCAUUAAGAGAAGCGGCUUUUGAGUACCAGGACCUGAUGAAAUUAGAGAAGCGAGUAUCUUCUUUCGUCGAUGAUCCCACGCUUCCGUGUGACGAUGCUUUGAAGAAGAUGUACUCAUUGCUAGAAAAAGUGGAAAAUAGUGUGUAUGCGCUCUUACGUACAAGGGAUAUGGCUAUUUCACGAUACAAGGAGUUUGGCAUUCCAGUUGAUUGGUUGUUAGAUUCAGGAGUUGUUGGCAAGAUAAAGCUCUCAUCAGUACAAUUGGCGAGGAAGUACAUGAAACGUGUGGCGUUAGAGCUUGAUGCAAUGAGUGGACCUGAAAAGGAACCAAACAGAGAGUUUUUGGUUCUGCAAGGCGUGCGUUUUGCUUUCCGUGUUCAUCAGUUUGCGGGAGGCUUUGACGCGGAAAGCAUGAAGGCUUUUGAAGAACUCAGGAGCCGUGUCCAUGCACAGGUGCCAGAAGACAAAAAGCUAGAAACAUGAGGGAGGGUUUUUCUUUUUUCAUUUGAAUUUCUCCUUUUAUUUUUAGUUGUAUAUUCCCUCUCACUCCAUGUUGCAAACAAUAUCAUAUAUACUGGACAUUGUACAAUGACCAGGUCCAAUUGAAGAUAGAAAAGGAAAAAGAAAAGGCAUAUAUAAUUUGUAUGA